AUGGCACAAAUUUGUAGAAAUUUGAAUAGAUUGACUAUUAACAAUUGUUCUCAAGAUCUUCCCGGAUUAAUUUCUUUAAUCGAUGCUCAAAAGAAUUUAAAAAAUGUAUCACUUUAUCCUGCUCAUAAGAAAGGAACUUGUAAAGAAUUAAGUAAAGCAUUAGCAAGAAAGGGUAGUAUGAUAAAUAAUCUUUAUUUGGGGCCAAUUGGAUCUAUUUCACCUUCGUUCUUAACAUCACUCAUUAAUCUAAAGGGUAUAACAAUUUAUGAGGGUGAUGAUAUUAGGAAAGAGAUUGUAGAUUUUCAACGUUAUCUUGCAAUUUCUCAAUUUCCAGAUCUUCAAUAUAUUUCUAUCGUCGGAUUAUCUUGCUUUAAAGAGUUGGCACAAUUAAUUGAAAAAACGAGGGGAAGUAUUUCAGAAAUUUCUCUUUUUACUUUCAAUAGAUUCGCUGAAAAUACGGGAUUGUUCAUUAAAGCAAUUGCAAACAAUUGUCCAAAGAUUAAAAGUUUGCCCAUUUAUCUUAGAUCAGAAGAUUUCAUACAUGUUAAAUCAUUAUUAUUAAAUUGUAAAUAUUU